AUGACUUCAAGAAACCCUUUAUUUAUAUCCAAAAGUUUUUUCGAAAUUAUCCCGCCUGAGCAAGAAGUGAGAAAUGGAAUUUAUGAGGGAUAAUUAGUUCAAAAUAAAAGAUAAGGAAAAGGGAUUUUUAUUUGGGAUGACUCUUCAGUAUAUGUAGGUGAUUGGCUUAACGAUCAGCCUCACGGAGAAGGUAUUCUGUUUUUGAACCAUGGCUGCUAUGCAUUCGGUUCUUUUGAAGGUGGAAAAUUGAAUGGUAAGGCUAUGGUAAAAUUUGCAAAUGAAAGCAGGAUUUUUGGACAAUGGAGAUAGAACCAGUUAAGAGGAAUUUGUUUCUUUUACGACCACGAAAAAAGAGAGUGGAAAAUGUGUGAAUUUAAGUAAGGAGUUCUUUUUAGAAUACUUGAAAUACAAGAAAAUUCACCAAUGGGUUAAUAGUCUUAGUUUUUUUCUGCAAGUAGUCCUUAUAAUUAUAUUCUGAAUACAGAUAUUCCAAUUCCUCUUUUCCCUCAAUUUUCAAGAAGAGAUUUUGAGUUAUUUUCAUUGAGCAGCAUUCUCUAGAGAAUCACUAAUAUUUCUUAAAACACUAUCAUAGGACAAAAAUAAUUAGCUUUCAUAAAUCUUGGAGAAGAGCUGAAUUAUUUUGGUUUAAUUUAAAAUGGAAUACCUGAAGGGCUAGGUGUGACUUUAUCAGGAGAUAUUCUGAAAAACAUUGGAACUUUCAAAUAAUCAAUAAUGCAAGGUAUCGGGAGAAUUUACAGUGAAAAUGGAUUAAUUUUUGAUGGAAACUUUGAAAAAGGACAUUUAAGUGGAUUAGGGUAUUUGUAUAACAGUGAAACAAAUAUAUUUUAUGAAGGACUUUUCUAUGAAAACGAGUGCAAUAAAUUGUUUAAAAAAUCAAAAGGCUUUCAAAUAGAAACUAUUAUAAAGCAAAGGUAAAAUUAGCAUAAAUAAGGUUGCUGCUUUAGAAAUUAAAUACUUGUUUUGGAGAUAUGUCAAAUAUUAAAUGGUUAAAUGCCAUUAUUAAAUCUUUUUAGAAACAGCAAAUCCUUUAACACUGAGGAAGUUUAAUCUAUAGUGUAAGCAGAUAAUAACCCUAUUUACAGUUUUAUUUAAGCUAACAAAGAAUACAUAGAAAAUAAAAGACACAAUUGCUUUUUUUAUCCAAAUUAAAUAGUUAAUAGAUAGUUAUUUAAUACUUCUUCUCUUUCUUCUCAUCAAGGUUUAUAAAUAAAUUCUUAUCCGUAUGAAGAAUAUGAGUUUUCUCUUCAUGAAUUUCAAAGAUAAUUGGAAAAACCUAGAUUGAGCACAAUAAUGGCAGAAAACUAAAAAUUUGAAGAAAAAAUUAAUAAUCCUCAAAAUAAUUUUAGCAAUACUAGCACAAAUAGCAUCCUAAACCUUCGUAGCAAUAUAUAUCUUAGAUAAUAAAAGAAUUACUCUUCCCCUGGAUAGAAUAGGAACCUCUAAUCUGCAAUAAAUUCUAAUCAAAUGAAUACAAAGACUUCUUCUCCCUUAGAAAAAACUCCAGAAAGCUACGUCUCUUACUUCAAUGAUUUACAAGCCUAAACUCCUUAAAGAAAAACCCCUCUAUAAAAAAAAUAUUCAAUUGAAAAUAGCUCUCUAGAAAAAAAACAAAUGUUUUCAAACACUCAAGGAUCAAAUCACAAUUCAGUUUCGCAGUUUUCAUAAAAAAAUCCAUAUUUUCAAAUAAUACCACAAAACCAAGAAAAUAUAGAAAGCUAGAGAAAUUCAUCAUUAAAAAAAAAUUAAAACCAAAAUUCUUCAGAUAAAAAUUAUGAAAAUCCAAUGAAGCUUUAAAAUCCUUUUUAUAAUACAAAGACGACAAAAAAAUAAGGGAAUUGGCUCUAUGAGCAAAUAAGAGCUCGAAGUAAUACUCCUAAUUUGAGAUACAACGAUGACAGAAAUAAUAUUAGUAAUAAUAACACAAUCAAUAUUCAUUCUAUUGAUACAGUAGUUGAAAGAAACAUGUCGAAUAAUUAAAGUCAAAAUUUAAGUUAAAGCUAUAUUUAAAAUAACUCUUUGAAUAGUUUUAAUAAUUAAAAAAAUGGUUUUUAUCAAAAAAAUAAUCAUCAACCCAACAUUCAAAUGAAGAAUUAAUAAUAUUCUUCUAUUUAAAAUCCAUUUAAAAGCUAAAUUAAUGUGACUCAUAAUACAAGUUAUUCUUCAAUUAAUUAAAACAACAAUUUGAAUGAGACAAAAAACCAAAUGAGCAACCAAUAUAUUCCUAAGAGCAAAAUUUUCAAUAGACCUAAAAGCAGUUUAAAUCAGAUGACAUAAAAUAUGCAACAAUAGUAGAUUUCUUAAAGAGAACUUGCCUAACCUAUUAGAUUUUAGACCACAAAUGAAAGUAUCAGUAAAAGAAGCAUUUCUCCUUUUUAGAGCUACAACACUUCUUAUAAUUAAUAAUAAAACAACAGGAGUAGGAGUACUUCAAAACAGGUCUCACCACUUAGAACUAAGCAAAAAUCUAAUAACAAUUUUUCUCCAAUAGUAUAAAAUAUUUAUAGAAAAAAUAGCUCCUCAUAAAAUAAAUUGUUUUAAUAAUAAACAACUCAGCAAAGAGAUUCAAAAGAUUUGACUAAUUAAAAUAGUUUCAUUUAAAAAAACAAAAAAAUGUAACAAAAGAAACAAAAAGAAAAUAUAAAAUAAGUUCAUCUUCGACUCCCAAGCUCUUUUUUUAAGUGA